ACUCCAUUAAUAGAAUUCUGAAUAAUUUAAAGAAUUAUAGCCUAACUCUUCCACCCUCCUCCUCUGGGGCUGGUUGAUAUUUUCAUUUCUUCAUGAGUCAUACAAUGACGUUUCUUGAUUGCUGAAAUCUCCGUCUCCUCGUUCCUCCAUUCAUAUUUUCCAUCUGAACACUAAAAAAACAUCAAAUGAGUGAAAUAUUCCAACAGCCUAAGGGCUUAGAAUCAAUGUCAGCUGGAUUUUCAUCUCAUAAUCAAUCAUGUCGCGGUAAUCAAAGGAAAAUGGAUGAACAUGGAGGAAGCAAGGUGAGAGGCAUCAAGCAGAUUGUAAGACUAAAAGAAUUUCUAAGUAAAUGGCAACAUGUUACACUUGGUCCUAAGGGAAAUGGUAACAAUUGCAACAACAACAACAAUAAUAAUAAUAAUCUUGGAUCAUCGUUGAAACACGGUAGCAUUUCCCCUAGAGGAAUAUCACCUUCGAUUAGUAUGAGGUUGAGGAAUUACAAUAUAUAUUGUGAUUCAGAUGAAGAGAGUUGUCAAAGUCCAGAGCCACCCCAUGGUGUCCCGAGAGGCUAUUUGGCUGUUUAUGUUGGACCGGAGCUUCGGAGGUUUAUAAUUCCCACAAGUUAUCUUAGUGAUCCAUUGUUUAAAUUAUUGCUGGAAAAAGUUGAGGAAGAGUUUGGGUUUGAUCAUACUGGUGGAGUCACUAUACCUUGUAAGACUCAGACCUUCAAGUUUCUCAUGAAGUGCAUGGAAAAUCAUCAAAGAGAUCAACCUUCCUCUUCUCUUCAUCAACACCAUUCUGGAUCUAAGCUUAUUGUUUAGUGAGUAACUACCAUGAUGUUAGUGAUGAUUGAAUGUUUAGUGCUCAUGAAUGAUUUUUUCUUUCCUAUUUGUUUUCUCUUCUUCUGAUUAAGAGUUUAGAAGGCCAUAUUGUAUUUUUAUACAAUUUCAUCACUUGUAUUUUUACACUUGCCAUUUGUUUGUCAUGUUUUUAUAUCUAAUCUUGAAAAGAAAAAAAAAACACUGAAGGAAACAGAAAGUAAGGAGGGCCUAGGUAGUUAUAUUAAGAAGGUUUAUCGGCAAAAAGGAGAAAGGAUAAACAUUUGACCCUUUCUAGGUAUUACCUAUAAAAAAAUGUGAAGAUCAAGAUUCUCAAAAGGUUAUUGUUUUUUUUUUAGGUAUUGUCAAUUGUAUUGGAAUAACCCUGUCCAAAUAUAUUGAAAAGCAAUUAAUUUUUAAUUGUACAAUGUU